AUGAAUAGCCAAGCAGAAGACGCAUCACCAACAUUACGUGACGUGGGUUCAUCUUCUUCCACGCCACUUUUCAGCUCCUCUAGUGAAGAAGAUCUUACACAUAAAAAAAUCCCUAGACAUCAAUUAACUGAAGAUCAAGUUAAAAGAAUCCGAGAGGAACGAGCAAAAAAAAGACAGAGCCACAGGAACUCAUUAAUAUCCCAAGGCAAGGAUCCCGAUUUUCCCACCCCUGAUUUGCAGUUCAUUAAGAGGCCCUUUCUGCACUUGCACCAUGAAAUGACUCAUGACUCCGCUGAAUUGACACUAGAUUCCACCACAUCUAGUGCACAAACCACGCCGAACUCGUUGGACGUUAAAAUAAUGACCUAUAAUACUUUAGCACAAACUUUGAUUAGGAGGAAUUUCUUCCCACAAAGUGGCUCUGCACUAAAGUGGCACAAGAGGUCAAAAGUCCUGGUCCACGAAUUAAAAACCUAUAAUCCCGAUAUUGUAUCAUUACAAGAAGUCGAUUAUAACGAACUGAAAUUCUGGCAAGAUAAUUUCCGUAAGCUGGGCUUUGAUUUAAGUUUCAAAAGGCAUGAAGGGAAAACACAUGGACUAUUGAUUGCGUGGAAAACUGAGAAAUUUCAGCUAGAAAACGAGUGGAUGUUAGACUACGAUACUAUCUUGGCCGGGAAUGUUAUUCCUGCAAGAACAAGAACAAAAAAUAUUGCGUUUAUAGCAUCGCUACGUCUAAAGAAUAUACCAGGUCCAUCCACCGAUGGAAUUAUUGUGGCAAAUACGCAUUUAUUUUGGCACCCUUUUGGAGUUUUUGAGAGGCUGAGACAAUCUUACUUAGUAUUGGCAAAAAUUCAAGAAAUCAAAGCUUGUCCAAAGUAUAAUGAAUGGCACAGUGUAUUGAUGGGGGACUUCAACACUGAACCUGAAGAACCACCGUACUUGGCUAUAACAAGAAAGCCAGUGACGCUCAGAGGUCCAGCAAGGGUCAUGGCUGAGUGCUCAUUAGCGUAUCGAUAUUCCAAGAAAAGGAAUGGAGAGGGAAGCAGCCAAGAUGAUGAGGAAUGUGAUGAACAAUCUAGGGGAGAAGGCCGCUUUAACCAGCCACAAAACCCUAAACCAAAAUCUUUUCCAGCAACAAGUGAACAGAAAGGUCUAGUAAAUCAACUAGUCGCGCUACACAACUCCUUGCACGUGAAAGGAGUAUCAUUGUAUGGGCUUGGAUACGGUAAGGUACAACCUGAGAACUCUCACGAAAGUAAUGGUGAGCCAGAACUAUCGAACUGGGCCAACUCGUGGUGUGGAUUACUAGAUUAUAUAUUUUAUAUUGAGCCCAGUGACGAACAGAGUACACACGAAGAGAACCCCUUGGACGACUUUGAAAACAAAAACAAUUUAAGAGUCAUUGGGUACCUAAAGAUGCCUCGCGCAAAAGAAAUGCCAAAACAUUCUCAACCUUUCGAAGGAGAAUACGCUAGCGACCACGUUUCCCUAAUGUGCCAGCUACGUUUUCUUUCAGAAGAGAAAUUAAAUAGCAUAAACUAA